UCGAACCGUGAAAUGUUUACAGGUCAUUUUGUAGUGGUGUAGGGUUUGUCAAGGAUUCGAACGAGUACUCCUGGUCUGCGUGGGUUUAUGAGGUCGGAUAAUGGACGAAUAAUAUCAGAAAGUGAUCUGAGGAAAAAACGACGGCUUCCUAAACGAAGCAGUUUGGUGUGAAACACAUUUUAAUUGUUCAAGAAAGAUACCAAGAUGGCUGGCUUGGUGGCCUACAUCUGUUCGUUUAUCUUUAAAAGAUCUGCUCAGAGACGGUCAAAAUACGAUUUACCACUUCCGAUAAACUGCCAUCUUGUUUUGAAUGAUGACGUCAUUCGGGACAGAAGCGUCUUCGUGAUUGGGGAUGUACACGGUUGCUAUGACGAACUUUUAGAUUUAUUAAGUCUCGCUGAAGGCUUAGAACCUGACAGGCCCAUUCUGCCUAUUUUUGUUGGAGAUUUGAUUAAUAAGGGACCAAAAAAUACAGAAGUUCUCGAAAAAAUCAAACGCAUGGACACAUAUGCAGUAAGGGGCAACCAUGACGAGGCUGUGCUGAGACAGCUUUUAAACCGCAGAAACGACCCUGAGUAUGUGUUUCCGCCAAAGUACCAAUGGUGCAAGAGCUUAACCGGUACAGAUGCAGACUUUUUGACUGAACUUCCUUACACGAUAUCCAUCCCGUCAUGCAAUGCGUUGGUCGUUCACGCGGGUCUUGCUCCUGGCAUUCCUAUCGAAAAACAGGACCUGACAGAUAUGAUUGUGAUGAGGAAUGUUGAGAGAAAAGACGACAGAUUGAUGGCGAGUGAGUCUCGUUUUGUUGGAGAACAGUGGGCCUCGCAAUGGCCGGGACCAGAGCAUGUAUAUUUCGGCCAUGAUGCAGUUCGAGGGUUUCAGAGUUUCCCAUUUUGUACUGGUCUCGACACCGGUUGUCUUUAUGGAAAAGAACUCACGGGAAUUUUUAUUAAUGGCUGCAAGAAAAGAAUUUCAGUCAAAGCUCAAAACGUUUAUCGGCCUCCGUGAUACUUCUAGAAUUAGGACUGUAUAAAAAAAACUCCACCCGAAUCAUCGGAAAUCCGAACUUUUAUCAUAACAUCAACUUUAUGUACAAAUUAUAUUCACAGGCACUGGAGUUUAGCCAUUAGAAAUGAAUAAAUACAUUAAUAACAAAAAAAAAAUAUUUUUAAAAAGGACUGGUCUGGACGUUGCCGGCCUCUAAACAUAUGUCCCGAUCAGGAUCCGGACGGGCCCUUUUUCUAAUUAGAUUUUUAUCCUAAUUUUUUGUUUUAUGGCUAAAUCAAGUGCCGGUGCAUUAUGUUAUUUAUAAAUGCCGUUUUUCAUUAUGAUUGGGGAAAUAGUUUCGUUUAAACAUAUUUAUUACCAAAAGUAGACAAAGGGAUUAGGCACAAGUUAUUAUAACUUAGCAACGCCUUCUCUCAAUAUAUUCAUGUAACGCAAGUGUUAUGAGCUAGCCAUGGGGCGUCUCAAAAAUAUACCAAGAGACCAGAGACUCUGUAAAAAAUGUGGUGUGUUAGAAAAUGAAGUACACUUCUGUUUUCACUGUUCCCUAAAUGAAUCUGUCAGAAAAGAAUACUUCCAAAAAUGCAUUCCUAAUCACAAUGAUGUUACCUUAGAUACCAAUUAUUUGACCUCAAUAUUAUCUACAAACAACUCCCAAUUUAUACUGGACUCUUGCUUAUUCAUUAAACAGUCUCUAGAACUGAGGAGAGUGGGCUUGCUGACAGUAUAAGGUAUGAACUUUGCAGCUAAAAAUGUUUUAAAUCAAAUUUUCUAUUUGAAGCUAUGUUAAUUUUGUUCAUGUUAAUGUAUAUUAGAUAUAUAAGCAAUCACUUUGCGACUUUUCUACAUGAACAUGUCUAUGUAUAUAUUUUACUGUGUUUUUCUAUUUUGCCUUCAAACUACUUUGAAGUUACAAAGGUGCAAAUAAAUUUUGAAUUUGAAUUUGAAUUUGUAAAACAAUGAUAUUUCGCAUACAUACAUAUUUGCACGAAUAU